UCCAUGCCCUUCUUGAGCCCUAUACCCUACUCCUUGAGCCCGGGCACCCCUAUCCUGAGCCCAUCCCAGGAUGCUGCAGCCGCAGAAAGGCCAGGCCCCUGAGGAGGCAGCUGCAGUGGGGACUCGGAGAACCGACUGCGUCAUCUGCUACUCAGCGUACGACCUGGCUGGACACCUGCCCCGCCGCCUCUACUGUGGCCACACCUUCUGCCAGGCGUGUGUGCGGCGGCUGGACAUGCCAGCUCAUGAGCAGCGCUGGAUUCUGUGUCCCCAGUGCCGCCAGAGCACCCCCACGCCCCGGGGAGGGGUGGCCAUGCUGGACCUGGACCUGGCCGCCUUCCUGGCCGUCAAGGCCGAGCGCGAGCCGGCACGAGGGGAACCCCGGCAGCCCGGGCCCCUCAAAGGAGGCACUGCCGUGGUGGUCACACAGCAGCCGGCUGGCCUCUGCCCCAGGCUGGGCCCCCAGCCCCACUUCCCUCGGCCCAGACCCUGCUGCUGCUGCUGCUGCUGCUGGGACAUUCCUGGCGGGGACGCACCCCAAAGAGGCUUGCAGUCUGCCCGGAGCCAGGUGCUAGGGGCCUGGGAGAGAGACCGUUGCCACCAGAGCUCGGAACAGAACCUUCAGAGGGAUGGCCGAGAGGGACGUGUCCACUACCGAAGAGCGCGCAAGCAGCAGCUGGCCCUUGCUUACCUUGCUUAUUGGGUAAUCCGGGGCUGUGCCCUGUGCCAGGCUGCGUCCCCUGGGGGCCCAGCUCCUGGGUAA